AUGGGGAGGAGGAAGGUGGAGAUGAAGCGAAUCGAAGAUAAGAGCAGUCGCCAAGUUACCUUUUCAAAACGCCGCUCCGGCUUGAUCAAGAAGGCUCAUGAACUCUCCGUUCUCUGCGACGUCGAGAUCGCUCUCGUUAUCUUCUCUAGCCGCGGCAGGCUCUACGAGUUCUCUAGCGCCGACAGUUUGGCCAAGAUUCUUGAACGCUAUCAGAGUCACCAUGAAAAGGAAUCUGAGGCUUCAAAAGAUGUUAAUGAAGCACUCCUUUCACAUACCGAGCUACUGCAUAUAGUUCAAAGCCAACUGGAAGAACCAACUGUUGAGCAGCUGAGUCUGAUGGACCUUGUACACUUAGAGAAACAACUUGAUAGGGCACUUUACGAAAUAAGAGCUAGAAAGACACAAUUAAUGAUGGAGUCCGUACUGACCCUCCAAGAAAAGGAAAAGUUGCUGAAAGCAGAAAACGAACUUUUAGAAAGAGAGAUUGAAGCAAUGGAAAAGAAUGAAGAUGACAGGAUUGAAGUGGUGAUAGGGUUCAGCCAUCCCGAACAUUUGGGUCAUCAAAACCAGCAGCAAACCCUUAGUUUGCUUCAAUAAGACGGUUAGUUGGCCUAUUAUUGUGUGCUUUGCUCAAUGGGUGCGAUGGAGCUAUUGCCACUGAGACUGUUCCCUUUUAAGCACCAGCCACUAAUAGGUAACCAAACCAAAAGCAUGCAGAGAUUAUUAUGUGGCCGUAAUAAGCUUGUCGCCAAGUGAUUUUAUUUUAAAUAAUUUUUCCCUCUUCCUCCCUUCUCUCUCUUAGUGGAUCCUUAUGCUGUCCAACCCCCCUUGUAAUAAGUCUCAGGGAAGUGGGAACCUCUCAAAUACGUUUCUUUCUAAGACUUUGCUCACAUAUCUGCCGUUUCUGAAAUCAAACCUACGUUGUCACUUGUAAGGGUGUAUCCAUUAAUAGUUUCUUGUUCCUUCGGCAA